GAUGAGGAGGAUGCUGCGUUUCAUGUAGCACCAUACCACAAAGCUCCAUCAGAGAGCGCUCAGGCUACUGCAACAUCCUCGGAGCAGGAGGAGGAGGAGGUGGGAAGCAGCUUGUCCUGUUUAUUCCCAUCCAUCCUCAGCCACUCUUCUGCACGCACAGGGAUGGACCUGUCUCCGGGGGACCCUCUGGCUGCCUUCCCACCUCCCUCUUUAGACUGAGCAGGUAUUGGGGCUGCACCCCAGGUGUUGUCAGGAUCAUGCACCGGGUUCCCCGCAGCCUGUGACAGGGAAAGAAGAGGAAGCAUAGGAAGCAGCUGAAGGAGGAGGAGGAGAAGCGGAUUCGGUGGUUGCUAAGGUAAUCCCAGCUGGUCCUCUCCUGGGUUACAAUGUAUCACACCCCGGAUCACUGCUCCUUCAUAUUGAGUGUCUUUCCUGGACGAAACACUGUGGUGUGUCAGUGAAAAAUCAACCAUGGCUCAGUCUUCUGAUUCAGCUGUUGGAGUUACAGAUCCUGAGGAUAACACUCCAAACAUGAUUGUCUACAGAAAAAUUGAAGAUAUCAUCACCAGAAUGCAAGAUGAUAAAGCUGGUGGGGUACCUAUCCGAACAGUUAAAAGCUUCCUGUCUAAAAUCCCAAGUGUGGUUACAGGAGCCGACAUUGUCCAGUGGCUGAUUAAGAGCCUCAUCAUUGAAGAUCCAGUGGAAGCAAUACAUUUAGGAAGCCUUAUAGCAGCCCAAGGUUACAUCUUCCCAAUAUCAGAUCAUGUUCUCACUCUGAAGGAUGAUGGGACUUUCUAUCGUUUUCAAGCUCCAUAUUUUUGGCCUUCAAACUGCUGGGAACCUGAAAACACAGACUAUGCUAUCUAUCUAUGCAAGAGGACAAUGCAGAACAAAGCAAGACUGGAGCUAGCAGAUUAUGAAGCCGAAAACUUAGCAAGACUGCAGCGGGCUUUUGCAAGAAAAUGGGAAUUCAUCUUUAUGCAAGCAGAGGCACAAGUCAAAAUUGACAGAAAAAAAGAUAAAACUGAAAGAAAAAUUCUGGACAGCCAAGAAAGGGGAUUCUGGGAUGUGCAUCGACCAGUGCCUGGGUGUGUGAAUACAACGGAAAUGGACAUAAGAAAAUGUCGUCGAAUGAAGAAUCCCCAGAAGGUCAAAAAGUCAGUAUAUGGUGUAUCAGAAGAUUCUCAGUCACAGAGCCCAGUCCACAUGGCAUCCCACGUGAUUAGGAAAACAACAAAAGAUGACUUGCGAAAACAGAUACAUUUUCUGAAUGUUCAGAUAGAUCGACAUUGUUUAAAAAUGUCCAAAGUAGCUGACAGCUUUAUUGCUUACUCCGAACAAUAUACAGAGUACGAUCCCUUUCUUUCCCCACCUGAUCCUUCUAAUCCAUGGAUAAGUGAUGACAGCAUUUUCUGGGAUUUAGAAAUAAGCAAAGAGCCAUCCCAGCAGCGUGUGAAAAGAUGGGCCUUCUCGCUUGAUGAAAUUCUGAAAGACCCAGUAGGACGAGACCAAUUCCUUCGCUUUUUGGAGUCAGAGUUCAGUUCUGAAAAUCUCAGGUUUUGGCUGGCCGUCCAAGAUCUGAAGAGGCAACCUUUGCAAGAAGUUCCAAAAAGAGUAGAAGAAAUAUGGCAAGAGUUUUUGGCCCCUGGAGCACCAAGUGCCAUCAAUUUAGAUUCUCACAGUUUUGAGAAGACAAGCCAAAAUGUGAAGGAUGCAGGGAGGUACACAUUUGAAGAUGCACAGGCGCAUAUCUACAAGCUCAUGAAGAGUGAUAGUUAUGCACGUUUUCUGCGCUCCAAUGCCUACCAAGACUUGCUCUCGAUGAAGAAGAAGACUGAGAAUGAGCAAGGGCGUAGAACCUCCCUAGAAAAGUUCACUCGCAGUGUGGGGAAGUCAUUGACGUCUAAACGCCUCACCGGCCUCAUGCAAUCCUCCUGACAACCCAAGACAGAGGCGCUGGCACUAGGCACCUAACCCUCCAGGAAAUGGUUUAGGCAUGAAAAUGGGUCACUGUGAAAGCAAAGAAACAUAUGAAGAAAUGGGAAUUUUCCAUUCUAAUUCAGAUGUUGUUUGUCCCUCAGUUACAUCAACAAAUUCUGCUUGAGCAGCUUUCCAAUGACCCUGAGUUGCCAAGUUUUUUUCUUUUUCAUUUGUGUGUUUAGUUUGAGAUUUGGUUUCCCCUCAACACAGUAAGAGGAGGGUCGGCAACAGAUGAAAUUUUAGACUAAAUCAGCAAUAAAUGGAGACAUGUCUGAGGUCGAUGUGAAAAUUUCCAUCUCUGUUCUCCACAGCAUCUCAGCUGCAGUGGAUAUUUUCACCACCAAGAAAACUACCUUUGCAUCAGUUUAAAGAAAACACAAGAAACUGAUUAUUCUUAAAA